CCGAGGGAGGAGGGGAAAGCGGGAGGUGGGGGGUGUCGGAGAAGCCCAGCUUUAUAAAGGCGGCUGGAGCAGUGCGGCCCGCCAGACCCCGCCGCCAGGAUCCACUGCGCUGCCGGUCGCCUCACGUCACCGCGCCCCCAGCUCCACCGCAGAGCCCGCUCGCCAUGGCCCUCUUCGGGGCCCUCUUCCUAGCACUGCUGGCAGGCGCUCACGCCGAGCUCCCCGGCUGCAAGAUCCGCAUCACCUCCAAGGCACUGGAGCUGGUGAAGCAGGAGGGGCUGCGCUUUCUGGAGCAAGAACUGGAGACCAUCACCAUUCCGGACUUGCGGGGCAGAGAGGGCCACUUUUACUACAACAUUUCUGAGGUGAAGGUUACAGAGCUGCAGCUGACAUCCUCUGAACUCCAUUUCCAGCCAGAGCAGGAGCUAAUGUUACAAAUCACCAACGCCUCCUUGGGACUGCGCUUCCGGAGACAGCUCCUUUACUGGUUCUUCUAUGACGGGGGCUAUAUCAAUGCAUCUGCUGAGGGUGCCACCAUCCGCACUGCUCUGCAGCUCUCCCGGGAUCCUACUGGCCGGAUCAAAGUAUCCAAUGUCUCCUGCCAGGCCUCUGUCUCCAGAAUGCGUGCAGACUUCGGGGGAACCUUCAAGAAGGUGUAUGAAUUCCUGUCCACGUUCAUUACCUCAGGGAUGCGCUUCCUCCUCAACCAGCAGAUCUGCCCUGUGCUCUACCAUGCAGGGACCGUGCUCCUCAACUCCCUACUGGACACCGUACCUGUACGCAGUUCUGUGGAUGAGCUCGUAGGCAUCGACUACUCCCUUCUGAAGGAUCCUGCAGCCUCCACCAGCAAUCUGGACAUGGACUUCCGGGGGGCCUUCUUUCCCCUGACCGAGGGGAACUGGAGCCUGCCUAACCGGGCAGUAGAGCCCCAGCUGCAGGAGGAGGAGCGCAUGGUGUACGUGGCUUUCUCUGAGUUCUUCUUCGACUCUGCCAUGGAGAGCUACUUCCAGGCAGGAGCCCUGCAGCUGUCACUGGUGGGGGACAAGGUGCCUCACGAUCUGGACAUGCUGCUGAGGGCCACCUACUUUGGGAGCAUCGUCCUGCUGAGCCCUGCAGUGAUUGACUCCCCACUGAAGCUGGAGCUGCGGGUCAUGGCACCACCUCGCUGCACCAUCAAGCCCUCGGGUACUACCGUCUCUGUCACUGCCAGUGUCACCAUUGCCCUGGUCCCCACUGACCAGCCUGAGGUCCGGCUGUCCAGCAUGACAAUGGAUGCCCGUCUCAGUGCCAAGAUGGCGCUCCGGGGGAAGGCUCUGCGCACGCAGCUAGACCUGCGCAGAUUCCGAAUCUACUCAAACCAGUCUGCCCUGGAGUCACUGGCGUUGAUCCCACUGCAGGCUCCUCUGAAGACCUUGCUUCAGAUUGGGGUGAUGCCCAUGCUCAACGAGCGGACCUGGCGUGGGGUGCAGAUCCCGCUACCUGAGGGCAUCAACUUUGUGCAUGAGGUGGUAACGAAUCACGCGGGCUUCCUCACCAUUGGAGCUGACCUCCACUUUUCCAAAGGGCUGCGAGAGGUGAUUGAGAAGAACCGGCCUGCCGACACCAGGGCGCCCCGGGCGUCAGGUGCCCCGCCACCCUCCACGGCAGAUGUUUGAGCCCUCAGUCCCAACCCUGGCAGCUGUGUUCAGGACUCAGACACCUCUUGUCCCCUCCCUCACCUGCUCACAGCCUAUAGUGUCCUGUCUAUAGUGCCAGUACCACAGAGAAGAUGUGGUUUUUAAAGCUGUAUGCAAUUUAAUUCCAUAAUUGCAGUCAGUCUAUCAAUUACAGUCCAUCCAGCCUCCUGUGGGCUGUCCUGAGCUCCUCUGUGUUCCAGUGCAUUAAGGGCAUUUUAAAGCCAGGAGGGGGCGAGGCCCCUGUCCCCCAUGUGCCCAGUUAGGAAUAAAGUGCUAACUCCCCCCCA